AUGUGUUUGAAGCGACUUUAUCAACUCAAGGCUCGUCUCGAUAAAGACAAAUCUUUACUCGAACAGUAUGACAACAUAAUUAAGGAACAAUCGAAAAGUGGAAUUAUAGAAUCUGUAGUUGAACCUGGACAACGCAGCCAUUAUUUACCUCAUCACGGAGUACAAAGUGAAGAUAAAGAGACUAUAAAAUUGAGAGUCGUAUUCGAUGGUUCAGCAAGAUCGUCCAAAGAUGACGUGUCUUUGAACGAUUGUCUUGAAAAGGGGCCGAAUUUAGUCCCACAUCUGUUCGAUACCGUAGUAAAUUUUCGUGGCUAUCCUAUCGGACUUCUCGCCAAUAUUGAGAAGGCCUUUCAUCAAAUUGCAAUUGCUACUGAUGAUCGAAAGAUGUUGAAGUUUCUUUGGUUCGAGGAUAUCAAUCAAGAUUCCCCAACUGUCAAGGAAUAUGAGUUUCGACGCCUGCCAUUUGGUUUAACCUCAAGCCCUUCUAUCCUGUCCAGCAUUAUAGCUCAUCAUCUUUCAAAAUAUAAGGAAAUCGAGCCAGAAAUAGUCGCCUUGCUACUUGAGUCCCUGAAUGUGGAUGAUUUUGCUGGAGGGGCUUAUGAUGACGACGAAGCACUGGAUAUCUAUCGAAAGUCUCAAGAUCUAAUGAGUAAGGUUGGUUUCAAACUUCGAAAAUGGCAUUCGAACUCUGAAUACAUUCGAAAUUGCAUCUCAGCACAAGAAAAUGCUAUCGAAGGCUCAAAGGACGAACUGCCUAAAUCAAAGUUAAAGCACAGCAGUUGCAAUACAAAGAAUGACACUGAAGAAAGCUUUGUCGAAGAUUCGUUAUCAUGCCAAACAUCACAAAAUCCCCUGGCGUCUAAGCAGAAUUGCGUAAACAUUCUUGGGACAAGUUGGAAUGAGUACAGCGAUGAAUUUUGUUACGAUCUCAGUGAAUUAGUUGAAUACUCUAAUUCCCUUCCCCCCACUGAACGGUCUGUGCUCAAACUUUCAGCCAAGGUCUUCGACCCUAUCGGUCUUUUCGCUCCAUUUACAGUAACCAUGAAGAUAUUAUUUCAAACCCUCUGUUCUGGUAGCUUAGAUUGGGAUGACGAGUUAGACGGCAAAACAUUAGCAAGCUGGAAGUCUCUUGUGAACGAUCUACAAGCCCUGAGUGAUAUACCUGUGGCACGCUGUUACUUCCACCAUACAGACGAAUUGUCUCGAAACCAUGAGAUUCACGGUUUCAGUGAUGCUUCUGAUCUUGCGUUCGCUGCUGUCGUUUACCUUCGCACAGAGUAUAGUAAUGGAGAUGUUGAAUUGUCCUUGAUCGUGUCCAAGACAAGAGUUGCAUCUAUUAAAAGACAAACUAUACCGAGGCUCGAGUUGUUAGGAGCAAAUAUACUAGCCCGAUUGGUCGACACGAUUAUCAAGGCACUCACGUCAAUCAAGUUAAUAACCAAUGUUGUCUUAUGGACGGACUCGUUCACCACUUUAUGUUGGAUUCGAAACCAUAAGGUAUGGAAGACUUAUGUUCAGAACCGAGUAAACGAGAUAAGAGAACUAACAAGCAACUACGAAUGGAGACAUUGCCCUGGGGAAUUGAAUCCUGCUGAUCUGCCAUCUCGUGGUUGCUCGGGACGUGAACUAGCAGAAGCUGAAACAUGGUGGAAUGGUCCAAAGUUCUUACAGACUUCACGGGAACAUUGGCCACAGGAUCCUCAACCUCCAAGUAAAGUCAAUGACGAGGUUCUAAGCGAAGAAAUGAAAAAUCCAACUGAAAUCGUACACUUGUUGUAUGAUAGAUCGCUAAAUGAUUUUGUCCAUAUCGAAGAAAUCAUUGACCCCAAGAGAUAUAGCACUAAGAUAAAGUUGCUUCGCGUAACAGCACGAGUAAUUCGAUUCAUACGAAAGAUUAGUAAGCAACUACGCACAACGUCAAUUGAAUUAACCGCUGAUGAAUUAAUAGAAGCUGAGAAAUUAUGGAUAAGAAGUAUUCAAUCUAUCGCAUUUGCCGAAGAAAUCAACAGUCUUCAUCACAUCGAUCGCAAGAAUGCAUGA